AUGUCAUCAAGGACAGCACUGAAAGGUCAUUCGAGUCCUCUUCCAGUGUGUGACUCGUGCUUCUCUCGAAAGGUCCGUUGCGACAGAGGCAAUCCAUGUGGUAAUUGCCAGGAUAAUAAUACCACCUGCUCUCGGCAGCGAGUCAUGAAGCGAACCAAAAACAGCAGUCAGCUAGCGGUGGUGAAAAACAGAACCCGAACGCGUCCAAAAUCACCAGCAACUCCAAUCCCUCAAGAUCCGCAAAUUUCACUUUCACCACCGGGACUGCACGAUUAUUCUCCAACUACGCCCAACUCAUAUCCCAGGAUUGACUAUCAACAGUCUCAUGGCGAAUCUCCGGGUCCCACUAAACCUCUCUCACUUCAUGAUGCUCAUGUCACCAUUCAGUAUCAACUAGACAAUCUGAAAUGGCUCGCCAUCAAUCGCCGCCAGAUUUUGGAAUCAGGAUUGGGCCUGGCUUCUCAACUCUCGGAGAGCUUUGAAGAUCCCGUGCAAGUUGUUAGUGACAUCACUGUCAACGAAGAGCAAAUAAGAACACCUUCGUUUGAAUUAUUAACCUGGAUGUUAAAAGACAUCAAGGAGGCAAGCUUCGGUUCCUUUGUUAGGGAUUACUUCAGACACAUAUCCGAAGCAGCACUCAAGCAAAUGGGACUAAAUCUCCUUCAUAGGACCGGAUCACCUCACGACCUGCUUAUCAGCACUAUUUGUGUCAAUUGCAUGGCCUCCAAGUUCCUGACUGCCAUCACCACUACUGGUAUUGACAGUGAACUUAUCCACGAAAUGACACAUAGCGUAGUGCAAUUCCAGGCAGCAGCAAAAGUAGCUCUACGAAACAUCUCUCUCCUAACGAGUCCUUCGCUGGGACUCUUACAGGCGCUUCUUUCCGGUAUAUUCCUCCAUCAAGGGUCCGGCGAUAUCACUGUAUGUUGGGAACUUACCAAAGCGGCCUGUAGGGUAUGUAUGAGUCUGGGUCUUGACACUAUCAUGAAGACAGGAGGCACUGUGAGUGAAGAACAGUAUUACUGUGUCGCUUGGUGCUAUAUUCUGGAUAAGAAUUUUGCUUUCAAGAUGGGAAGAUCUAAGCCUCUACUUGAUAUUGAUCUUGGACACUUCAUUUCCAACCUAUCUAGUCACCAGCACCCCACCUCUGACCUUUUUCAAAUUUACAUGAGUCUUGCUAGAGUGCAAGCUGCUCUUGUGCCGUACCUAAGGGGAGGCUCAUCAACAUUGACAAGUGGUUUAUCGUCUUCCCAUGGAAUUGGGAAACUUUGGUUGGUUAAUAUGCAAAGAAUUCAAGAGAGGAUUGAGCAUAUUUCCGGUCCAUAUCCGGCGUGGAGGGGGUUGGAUGCUCAAUCUGAAAUAUCCGCGCUCCAAUUCGCCUAUCACUCGGUUAUGACCACCAUCUUCCAUAACACUGAGGGUGCAGGAGACCAGUCUAUUGAUAUACGCAAACAGAGUUUGUUAGAGGCCCACCAGGGUAUAUCUUCAUUGGUCUCGAUAUGUAUAUCUGCUGAAAGGCAAAACACGGUGGCUCUGUUGCACUGGACACUUCUCGUCUACCCCAUCACUGCCUACUUCGUGCUAUUCUCCAAUGUCAUCGCAACAUCAGAUACCGAUGACUUCAAACUCAUGACUACGAUUACCAAUUGCUUGACCCGCAUUGAAACAGCCAGCCGUCCAAUUCUUCAAGUACGAACGAUCUUCCAGCACUUUUUAUCUCUCGCCGGAGCAGUUUUCGACGAUGAGUCAAAUGCAACGGGUUCAAGUCAAGAUCAUCAGUUACAGUCUCAGUCAACUACAUUGCAACCUUGGAUGCCAGACAACCUAUUUCUACAUUCGACGGCCGACGCCGUUUCUCCUUUUUCCCCGUCUUUACUGACUGGGAUGGAGAAUUUCUCUGAGAUACCCUUUUUUCCGGAGAAUGAGAUGUUUAUACCCUUUAGCGAUCAUCUUCCUGGUUUCGGAAAUGAUCCUAGCAUCUGA